AGUUACUGGGAGAAGAUAUCAGCUAGAGAAAGCAAACUGCAGAGUAGCACACGUACAGCAAAAAGCCCAGCCUUCAGGUUCCAGCGCAACGUGAUUCCAAGGGAGAUGGAGAUGGAGGGGAAGAAGAUGAGCCGGCUGCCGGAGGUGACCAUCGACACAGCGUCAAGGCCGGCGGCGGGCGUUGGCGGCGGCAUCGACGCGGGGAAGGCGGCGGGCAAGGAGCCGACCAGCCCGGGCACGCCGUCCUCGGUGGACGCCGGCCGCCGCAGCGGCAAGGAGAGGCGCGCGGAGGACGGCGUCCCCCUGCCCGGGUGGAAGCUCGACGCCCUCUGCCAGGAAUCCUGCCCGUCGCCGACCAUGAGGGCGCGCUUUCCUUACUUCUGAAAGCCGCUGGCGAUGGCGCUCGCUGCAGGCCUGCAUGAGUUUCAAUCAAGCGGCAAAGCCUAGUGGUUUGAAUGCCCGAUGAUGUUCCUGGGCGUCAUCUCCUUGUCCUUGACAUUUUUCUUGUUGUGCAUGUACAUAUGAAUCCAUGGAACUCGGAGCUUUUCAUGUGUCUUGUCAGUGCUCAGAUUGCACAAAUGGUGAACCAUCAGUCGAUUGUAUGAUGAUUGUACAUGAUAAUCUGAAACAAUCCUUCAGGCUUCAGUAGAUGCAUGUACAAGUUUUACUACUUAUAUUCUAUGAAAUUGAUUCAA